AUGUCCCGCUUCAUCGGCGUUGCCAUCAAGUCGACCAUCUAUGUGUCCCUCAUUAUGGGCACCGGAUACCUGUUUCUGAACUACACCGUCCCCAAUUCGAGCGAUAUGGAACAGACUCUGCGAGAAUCCGGCCGAGUCAACAGCCGUACCCUCGAUGAGGCCAAGCGCCGACAACAGCUCAUUUACGAGACCAUCAUGGCCAACGCCAAUAGCGACCGGCCCGUGUGGGAAGUUCAAUUUCCCAAGGAGUUCACCGAGGAGCUCAGCCGGUCAAAAAACAGCAGUGCUUAG